AUGAAGACCGCUGUUCUUCUUUCCGCUUUGGCGGGCAUUGGCGCCGUCUCGGCCACCCCUACCCUCAAGGAGCCUCCUAGCAAGCGUGCAACCCUCCCCACCGUGACGGUCUCGGGCAACGCUUUCUGGGCCGGCGAUGAACGAUUCUACCUUCGAGGCAUUGACUAUCAGCCUGGCGGUGCUUCCGCUAACAAGGACCCCUUGGCCGAUACUAAGGUCUGCGAGCGUGAUAUUAAGAACUUCAAGGACCUUGGCGUCAAUGUCAUUCGUGUUUACGCCGUCGACAACACGGCCGACCACGAUGAGUGCAUGAAGGCGCUCAACGAUGCUGGCAUCUACCUCGUCCUGGAUGUCAACAACCCCAAGUACUCUAUCAACCGCGGCAACCCCGGUCCCUCCUACAACGCCGCCUACCUCCAGAGCGUCUUUGCCACUGUCGAGAUGUUUGCUCAGUACGACAACACCCUCGCUUUCUUCUCGGGUAACGAGGUCAUCAACGAUGAGGAGGAUACCGACAAGUCCGCUCCCUACGUCAAGGCUGUCACUCGUGAUAUGAGGGCAUUCAUGAAGGCCCGCAAGCUCCGCCAGGUCCCUGUCGGUUACUCGGCUGCCGAUGUCGCACAGAACAGAAUGCAGACUGCCCACUACUUCAACUGCGGCUCCGACGAUCUGCGGUCCGACUUCUUCGCCUUCAACGACUACUCUUGGUGCAACAGUGACUUCAAGACCGCUGGCUGGGAUGUCAAGGUCAAGAACUUUACUGACUACGGUCUUCCCAUCUUCCUCUCCGAAUAUGGUUGCAUCAAGAACCGUCCUCGCAAGUUUGAGGAGCUCGAGGCCCUGAUGAGCGACGAGAUGACCGGUGUCUACUCUGGUGGUCUCAUGUACGAGUACUCGUACGAGGACAACGACUUCGGUAUCGUCAAGAUCAGCGGCAACACCGUCAAGACCACCGACGAGUACAAGCUUUUGAAGGAGGCUCUUAAGAACUACCCCAUGCCCACCGGCUCUGGCGGCGCUGCCAAGUCUACGCACGGUGUCGACUGCCCCGCCAAGGAAGAUGUCUGGCAGGUUGACCCUGACCUUGUUCCCGAGAUGCCCUCGCAGGCCAAGAAGUACUUUACCAACGGUGCUGGCAAGGGUCCCGGCUUCGAUGGCAACGAUGGCGAGGGUUCCCACUUUGAGGUCGACAGCGGUACCGCGACCGCCAGUGUCAGCGCUGGUAAGUCCACUUCUACCAGCAGUGGUUCCGAGUCUUCGGACGACGACGACGACAGCGCCGCUUCCACUCUGGACCUGGCUCCUCUCUACAUCACUGGCGCCGCCACCCUCUUCACUCUGUUCGGAACCCUUCUCCUGUAA